UUUUGAAAAGAGUGCUUAAAUUUGUUCAUCUCAAGCCAAUUCUUUGUUUUAUUUCAUCCAAGGAGCCACGUUUGUUACAGGCCUCGCUAUAGAAAACGAGCUCACAAAAUAGGGCAAAUGCGUGUGGUGUAGCGCGGGGCUGGAACGCCCAAAUAUAGAGCAGCAAACGUUUGGAAUUACAAUCACUUCCUACCGCUUGGAAAAUCUGAAACUGAAGCCCGUUUCGAUAGGCCACGACCUCACAUCAAGACUUUAACAAAGCCCAAACCAAAGUGUGUAUGGAGCAGUGUGAGAAUGCCGCAUCUCUCCUGGCCUCCGUGCGAGAGCAGGAGAUGCAGUUUGAGCGUCUGACUCGAGCUCUGGAGGAGGAGAGGAGGAGUGUGGGGCCCUCCGGUACCCUACCCCGCCCCCUCCCUACCCUGCAGAACGGGCGUGUCACUGGUGAUGCGGAGUUAGAACGACUUAAAUUAAGUGAGGGAUAUAUAAACGGGACACAGUACAGGAUGUUGGACCCUGGUCAUAUGGAGUCGGUCACAGUGGAGGAGGACCCUCAUGAGUCAAUGCCGAUUAUUUCUGUCGAAAUGAAUGAAGAUGGAUCCACACGUCGCACUGAGACUACAGUUAAGAAGAUCACAAAGACGACCACUACACGAACAGUCAUUCCCUCAAUCUCCGACAACCUCUCUUUGGACGGUGGCUCAGUUACCGGGAUGAGUUAUAAUACACCAAUGGAGCGUGUGUACAGGCCACCGGAGUACCCGACCGCUACUGUCCCACGUAACUACCACUAUGGCCCACAAGGCGGCUAUGAUGAUUACCGGAGCGGACCACCUUCUGAAGCCUACGCCAGUCUCAGCCGAGGGACUCGUAUGGAUGACCGCUACAGGCCCGUAGAUGGGUACCGCACGCUGGACUCCGGCUUCCGUACUCACAGCCGACCCCAGUUGGACCCAUACAUGGCCCAGCCACAGGUAGGCCGUUUGGGCAGUGCUCUCGAGAUCUCCGGAGCCCUUCAGCGUUUUGUCCCAGAUUCCUACGGCCUUGAGGAUGACCAGAGGAGCCUGGGAUAUGACGAACCUGAUUACGGCAUGGGGCCGCCAUCCAUGCAUUACAUAUCCAGCACAAUGCCCCGGUUACCACAUGGACACCAUCCGCCUCCCCCACGCAGGACAGGGUCAUAUGAGGGCAUUCUUGACGGUGAUAUGUCUGGAGCUGGUGAUAUGUAUUUGUGGGAUAGAGGAGCCCCGUUGGCUCAGGGCGAAAGAGGCAGCAUGGCAUCACUGGACAGUACUCUCCGCAAGGGCCCCGCCCCCACCACAUGGAGACAGCCUGAACUUCCUGAAGUCAUUGCUAUGCUCAACUACCGCCUGGACCCUGUCAAAAGCAAUGCUGCGGCCUACCUGCAGCAUCUCACUUUUAAAAACGAUAAGGUAAAGUCAGAAGUAAGACGGCUAAAGGGAAUCCCGGCACUGGUAUCCAUGCUUGAUAACCCAAAGAAGGAGGUGCAUUAUGCAGCAUGUGGAGCUCUCAAGAACAUCUCAUAUGGCCGAGAUCCAGAUAACAAGAUAGCCAUCAAGAACUGUGACGGGAUCCCAGCUCUGGUGCGGCUACUGAGGAAGACGCGAGAUCAGGACCUUACCGAUUCUAUAACAGGCACGCUGUGGAACCUCUCCUCUCACGACUCGGUGAAAAUGGAGAUCGUUGACCACGCGCUGAACGCUCUGACCAGCGAGGUCAUGGUUCCGCAUUCGGGCUGGGAAAGAGGGAAUGAGGGGGGUGAGGAGAGCUGCAAACCCAGACACCUGGAGUGGGAGACUGCGCUCACCAAUACCACUGGCUGUUUAAGGAAUGUGAGCUCGGAGCGUAGCGAGGCCAGGAGGAAGCUGAGGGAGUGCUUCGGAUUGGUCGAUUCUCUCAUGUAUAUCGUCCAAUCGCAGAUCAACUGUAAAGAUGUGGAUAACAAGCUGAUAGAGAACAGUGUUUGUCUGCUGAGAAAUCUGUCCUACCAAGUGCAUCGGGAGAUCCCAGGCUGCGAACGCUACCAGGAAACGAUGCCCGUCAACCAAGGCCCCGCCCCUGCUACCCAAAAAGGCGGCUGCUUCAGUUCCAAAAAGGGCAAAGACGAGUGGUUUUCCAAAGGCAAGAAAGAGGACGACGGGACCUCAGAUACGAUUGACAUUCCAAAGAGAACCACACCAGCCAAAGGUUUUGAGUUGCUGUUCCAGCCAGAAGUGGUGCGCGUGUACACUUCACUCCUAAAAGAGAGCAAGAACCCAUCGGUUCUAGAAGCAGCUGCUGGAGCCGUGCAGAAUCUUUGCGCAGGCCGCUGGAGCUAUGGGCGGUACAUCCGAGCAACGAUGAGACAGGAGCACGGUCUGCCAAUGAUGACGGAGCUGUUGUCUCAUGGGAACGAUCGAGUGGUCAGGGCGAUGUCUGGAGCUCUAAGGAACCUGGCCAUUGACGCUCGCAAUCGUGAGCUGCUAGGGAAACAUGCAGUGCCUAACCUGGUGGCUAAUCUUCCUGGUGGUGGUCAGAGUCAACCCGCUCGCGCGCUCUCGGAGGAAACCAUAGUAUCUGUUCUCAGCACUAUGGUGGAGGUGAUCGGGUCCAGCGUAGAUGCUGCCAAAACACUGCGCAGCUCCCAGGGCAUCGAGAGACUUGUGCUUAUUAACAAAGACAGCAACCGCUCGGAUAGGGAAGUACGUGGCGCUGGGCUGGUCUUGCAGAUCGUUUGGGGCUUUAAAGAGCUUCGCCGCACACUGGAGAAAGACGGCUGGAAGAAAACAGACUUCAUGGUUAACCUCAACCCUCCCAACAACACGCGCAGCAACGGGGGAUACGAGGACAGCACCCUGCCACUAAUAGACAGGGGAGGCAAACAGGACAGAGAUCGAGAUAUGAUUCCUAUGAACGACAUGGGACCAGAUGCUUAUUCUACGAUAGACCAGAGAGGACGGAGGAACACUUUAGACGACACUUUGGACCGAGACCGAGAUGCACCUCAGGGAGGAAUGUAUGGGGAGAGGCGGGGCUCUAUGCCUCUGUUGGACACUUAUGAUGGUUAGGCCACUCCCCCUCCCCCCACUCAGUGCAUGAGCACGCAUGAAAAUCUGAUAGUGUGCAUCACCCGCCGUGAGUUUUCCACUCCUGCCUACUGUCCCUGCUGAGCCUCUGAUCUCAUCACUUAUGGGACCAUAGCCACUAAUUGCAAUGAUGACCCUUCUGCAAUUUACAACAUUCUGAUGUUGCCACUCUUCUCUUACUCUUCAGAUUAAUGUGAUUGAGAACAGCCACUACUUACAAUGGACACUACAGAAUUCCUUUCUUGAAUUGGGUCCAUACUACUUUUCUGUGAAAUUAUGGACUAGGAGAAACACUAGGGACUAAAACUUUAUCGUCACACACUCGGCUUUUAAACCAUUGACCUUUAUUUCUGGAUUGCUUAUGCAUCUAUUAGAACACUAGUGUAGAACGCCGUUCUUUUUGCUUCAUAUUGCUUUUUUGGGUUUGCGGUGAUAAGAUGCGAAAUUGCGUCAUCGUCACAUCCGACCUGCAGAAAUUAUUGUACAUAGAAAGUCUAGGUUUGACUCAUCGACGCAUUGUGACGGUCAUAAGGCUUAAUUUUUUGGUCACCGUUUUCCAAAAGCACUAGGUGACCACUCGAUAUUCAUUUCGAAUUUCCUUAGGUUGUCCAUGUGUGCGUUUUUUGUAAAGUGUGCUGUCUCUAGGGAGAGGUUGUUGUUGAAAGUGUUAAUAGAGGCAGAGGGAUCAUUAAAUUGGGAGAUUUUAAACCUGUAGCGUUCUUUAGUGGUUGCGGAGGACAGUCGUGAUCUUUAGGACACAGCCAUGUGGUUCAAGAUCCUCCCUAUCUGUUGUUCCUUAAAGCAGGUAGUAGAUCUGGUGGCAAAUUCGCAAAGCAUUCCAAAGUGGGAGAACCGUUUGGGAUCAAUUUUUUCCAUUGGGUUUGUAACUGGCACUGAGUAGAUUUAGUGUACACUGAGUGGUAACCAAGGACCAUAUGCAAAUUUUUCAAGAGUUAUGUAAUUUAUGUAAGUCCUUUCCCCUGAAUACACGAUUGAAUGAGCUGGACUGAGGAGUCAAAUUUUAGCCCUGAUCUUAGAUCAGUACCGCUACUUUUCCAAACUUUGUGAAUUGAGGCCCUGCUGGUGGACCUAGAUUGCUUUGAAUAUAAAUGAAUGUGUAAAUAUGACCGUGUCUCACAAAUCCACUCUGCAUAUUUGGAGUGCCUCGCUUGUUGAAUGGUCAUAAGAGGUUGUGUGUCGUGCGAAUGUUUUCGUUUAUAGGGUUCCAAGAGUUCCCCCCUCUGCCUCUUGGAUCUAGUGCCUGUCUGUGUAGAGAAUGAAUGAGUGUACAUUUAAGAUGUAUAUGCAUUGUUUUUCUUCUGCAAACCAUAAGUAAAGUGCUUGUUCCAUAGACUGCAUAUUUAAAAUGCACAGUAAGUCUGCUGUAGAUAUUUACUGAAUGGAAACUCUAGCACUAGGGGUCUUUUUUAUUUUUUUAAGAAUUUAUUGGUUUACCCAAUGCAUUUUUAAUCCCCCAUUUGCCAAUUUUAAUACUUCACAACACUACAAUUAGUAAAGGAAACUCGGCUGACUAAGUGGAUGCGAGUUGGGAAGUUGGAGUCCUGUUUGUUCAUACAUAUGAGUAACCAAUAGAUCGCUCAGUGUCGAGGGACGCAGAUAACGGAGUCUUUUAAUUACAAAUGCAUCGCAUCGAGUACAGAUUUUGAUUCUAGCUUGAUAAGAAAAGAUGAUAAAAGCACAUUUAACUAUAUAUACCAGAGAAUAUUUGUUAAUUUUAAUUAUUUUUUUUCUUCUUGGUUUUGUCUUUGCUUUUCCUUUUCUAUAUUUUAUGAUUGGGGCUGAUUUUGUUUGUUUUUCUGGGGUUGUUGUGGGUGAAUGCAUAUGCAAUCAGUUUUAUUUUUUAAAUAAAUGCAUUUACGGUUUAUAUCUUUUAAUUAAAGACAAAAGGAAAAAAUCUCUGUGUCGUGCUGUCAGUUGACAUGCUUGUUUUCUGCAACACUAAAAAAUGGAAAUAACUCAUUAUCUCCUAUUUCAACACUAUACCUUUGGUCUUCAACAUUGCACCUUUCUCUCAUGAAUUGAACGUGUAACUUAGCAAUACAUUUUUUAAAUAAAAGUGAUUUUUUUCAAGGUU